GAGGCCAGUUGUCUUCCGAGCGCCCGCUUCUGGGUUCCUCUGCCCCUCCCCCCCUCCCCGCGCCUCGGCGGCCUGCAGAUUUCGCGUAGUCUUCUGCGCCUGCGCACAGAGCGUGGGCUCUCGGGAGUGGUUAUGUUGUGGCGGCGGUUGCUGUAGUGAGAAGCCCCACAUGGAGCCUCCCCCGGGCACAGCAGAGGAACCUGAGCUGAGACAUGUAGAAAAAGAUGUGUUAAUUCCAAAAAUCAUGAGAGAGAAGGCAAGAGAGCUAUGUUCAGAUAAAGUGCAAGCUUUUACUGAAUGCUGCCAAGAGUCUGGCUUUCUUAUGGUGGUGAAAUGUCGACAGGAAAAUGCAGCAUUGAAAGAGUGUCUGACUACCUACUAUAAUGAUCCAGCAUUUUAUGAAGAAUGCAAAAUCGAAUACUUGAAGCAAAGGGAAGAAUUCAGAGCUACUGGAAUUCCUGCUAAACAAAGACAACAGAAGCUUCCUACAAGCAUGUAGCCAAAUCCUAAAAUGAAGUUUGGAAAUUUACUUCAGUUAUCGACAUAUGUUGAUUUGAUGGAGUAAGUAAGUUAAUUGAAUAAGCAGACUCAAUUUGGUUUAAAAAAAUCAAUUUGUCUGAGGCAGGAUUUGAUUGAAAUAAAUGUAUCUCAUGUUGUAUUUUGUGUAUUAGGAAUAAACUCUUCUAUGAAUGAA